AUAAAAAAGGAAGUCCAAAAUGUAAUUGUCACUUGACAACAUUUUAUCAAACACCUCAGCCUCGUCUCUCUACCUUCACCAAGAAACUAGCGGGAAGAGUAAAAGGUCCGAGAAAGUGGCAAAAAGUGGUCGAGAAUUUCUAUACGGUGUGUGCUAUGUUAUGAUUUGGGGAAUUGGGGGCAGAAUGUUUCUGAGGUAUUUUUCAACGAAGCCAAAGCCAAAGAUGAAGCCAAUAGAGCUUAAUAUGCCGCCGGAGCAAACUGAGACCAUCACAAGGGUUAUAUUCAACAUAGUCAAGGAACAUGGUCCUCUCACUGUUGCUGAGACUUGGGAACGCGUCAAGGAAGUUGGAUUGAGAGGAUUGACAGGCAAAAGCCACAUGAAAAUAGUGUUGAGAUGGAUGAGGGAGAGGCAGAAGCUCAGGUUGAUAUGCAAUCAUGUAGGGCCGCACAAGCAAUUUCUGUACACAACUUGGUUUACAAAAUCAAACAACAUCAAGCAGGCAAAAUCAGUGAGUCAUUCUUCACAAUCUCAACCCAAGCUGCCUUGACCAUUACAGAGCUAAUAAAAAUACAUGACAUAUUGACAGUCUAAUGGUGCUUUCUCUUACUCUAGUGUAACAUUUUCCAUGCUUGUUGAGCUACUUGUUUCGUGAAUGUUCGCUAAGGUCGCAUUGGUUAUGCAUGAUUGUACAUAGGAUCUCUGCACUAAAUAGAUGAAAGGAAUUUUAUCAGUUAAGGUAUAAUUUUUUCAUGAAUGAUAGAAAACGGCUACAAGUUUCAAAUUGUUC